AUGGCGUGUUCGAAGAGAAGAAAGGUUGAUGAUGAAAAUCGUUCCUUCAAGGAAGAAUGGAUACAACAGUAUGCUUUCACUCUUCCUACAACCAGCUCUAAGCCAAUUUGCCUUAUAUGUAGCGAAACCGUUGCCUUAGUGAAGAGCAGUAAUCUUAAACGCCAUUAUGAAACUAAACACAGUGGAUUUGAAAAGAUGUAUCAGCAAGGAACUGAAGAGAGAAAAAAUAAAAUAAAUAAGCUAAAAUCGCUGUAUGAAAGAUCAACCAUUGUUCUUGCCAGUACCAUGACAGCCCAGGAGAGAGCAGUAGAGUGUUCAUUGAGGAUAGCUUGGAUCUUGGGAAAACACAAGAAACCCUUCGCUGACGCUGAAGUUGUGAAAGAAUGUAUGCUGGAAACUGUUGAUACAUUGUUUGAUGGUAGACAGAAGAAUGAAAUUAAAGAUAAAAUAAAGCAGAUUCCAUUAUCUGAUUCCACAUCAAUGAGGAGAACAGAACUAUUGGCUAAUGAUCUUAUGUUGCAACUUGAUUUAGGACUGAAAGAAGCACCGUGUAUCUCACUGGCUAUUGAUGAAUCAACAGACAGUACUGACCAUGCUCAACUCAUGGUUUUUGUUAGAUAUUAUGAUGCAAGGAAGAAAGAAUUUUGCCAGGACUUGUUGGGUGUGACUGAUCUCAAAGGAAGAACACGAGGAGAGGAUAUCUAUGGAGCUUUGAAAGGCAUGUUAGAAUCAAGAAAUAUUGAUGUUAAAUCCAUAUUUUCACUGACUACAGAUGGAGCCCCAGCUAUGGUUGGGCGAGAGAAGGGACUAGUUGCAAGAUUAAAAGAAGAUAAUGCUGACAUGAUAACUUACCACUGCAUAAUCCACCAAUCAGUACUGUGUGCUAGUCUUGGAGAUGAAUAUAGAGAAGUCAUGGAGACUAUCAUGAAGCUAGUAAACUUCCUUCGAUCUACAUCGGCACUCCAACAUCGUCUACUCAGAACCUUUCUUACCGAGGUCAAUGCAAGCCAUGAUGAUUUACUAGUGCACAACAAUGUGAGAUGGCUAAGUAAGGGAAGAGUUUUGGAGCGAUUUUGGGCAAUUAGGAAGGAGUUACAGACUUUCCUCGAAAGUCAAAACAGUGUGAAGGCAAAUGCAUUUUCUGAUUUUUUGAAAGAUGACAAGAAAAUGGAAACUGUUGGAUUUUUGACAGACAUGAUGUCACAUCUGAAUGAUCUUAAUGUCAAACUUCAAGGGGAAAAACACACCAUCUUCAAUUUGAUCUCAGUAAUUCGUGCUUUCCAGAAAAAAUUGGAUCUUUUCAAAACUGAUAUUCAAAGCCAACUUUUGCAUUUUCCCAGACUUUUGGAGCAACGUAAUGAUGAAACAGGUACUAACCAUGUUCAAUUUAUUGAGAACCUAAUCAAUAAUUUCAAGGUGCGCUUUGAUGACUUUGUUCUUGGAAAUCAGUUGCUGCUGUUCAUUCAAAACCCUUUUCUAGUGACAGAUAUAACAGAAUUUUCAGACGAAGCAAAACUCGCCUGCAAAUGGGUAGAUGCUGCAAAAAUCCAACUGGAAAUCAUUGACUUUCAAGAGAAUGUAGAGCUGAAACAAAUACUCUGUGAUUGUUCACCAGAAACAUUUUGGUCAAAGGAAGGAUCCCCUGCUAAUUUCCCUACUCUUCAUAGACUAGCAGUGCAAAUUCUCACAAUGUUUGGCUCCACUUACUCCUGUGAGUCUGCUUUCUCUACCAUGAACUUUGUGAAGAACAAGUUUCGCUCAUGCAUGACCAGUGAACACCUCCACCACUGUAUUCGACUGGCUGUCACCAAAUUAGUACCGAGAUUCAGCGAGUUGAUAAGGAACAAGAAGUGUAAUUUUUCUCACUAA